AUGGAUAGUUUUACAAGUGGUAGACUGGAACUACGGAAUGAUGAAAUUCACCCAACGAGGUCUCAUAGAUCGAGAUCAACUUCACGAUCUUCAAAUAAGAGAUCAAGAUCUUCAACUACUGGAUCUUUCAUAAACUUCCUAUCUGAUCGAAGGAAACAUGAUACAAAAGUAUUUUCUAUUUACAAAUUAUUGAUGUUAGAAUUGAAUUUACCUAAUCCUAAUAAAUCAUCAUCUCCACCAAAUGAUAUAAAUCAAGAAUCUUUUGAUCAAAUCUUCAGUUUAGUGAAAAUUCCAAUAGUUUUAGAGAAAUUUAUGGCUUUAGGUUUACUUAUAUGUUUGAAUUCUUUCCUAACAUUGUUCACUUUGGUACCUAUAAGAAUCAUAGUUAUCUCGUUCAUGACAAUUAAGUCUUAUUUAAAGAAACCAGAUUUUGAUCUGAAGAAAUGGUUGUUUGCAAGAAGAGAUUCUUUAACUGUGGCAUUGAUAAUAACUUCACUUAUAAUAUUAUCUUUACCAACAUUAGACAUCUCCAAGAUGUAUCAUGAUGUUAGAGGACAAGCUCAAAUCAAAUUAUAUGUAAUGUUUGGAGUUUUAGAAGUUGCUGAUAAGCUUUGUUCUUCAAUAGGUCAAGAUAUUUUAACUAUAACUUAUGAUUUAGUAUCAUGUAAAUUUAAUCAAGCCAAUAUCAUCAAAUUCCUUAUUUUCUUCAUUUUAUCCAUUAUUUAUUUAUCAUUACAUGGAUUUGUACUUAUAUAUCAAACAGUAUCAUUGAAUGUUGCUGCUAAUUCUUAUUCCAAUGCAUUAUUAACAUUAUUAUUCUCCAAUCAAUUCAGUGAAUUGAGAAGUUCAGUAUUUAAGAAAUUCGAAAGAGAAGGUUUAUUCCAAUUAACUAUGGCUGAUUUAACUGAAAGAUAUCAAUUGAGUUUAAUGCUUAGUAUGAUAGCUUUAAGAAACAUGUUACAAUUGAAUAGUAUAAAUGAGAGUUUAAUUCCAAAUAGUUGGCAAAGUUGGAAUAAAUGGUUUGGGGCUUUAUUUGGUCCUAGUAUUGUAGUUUUAGGUAGUGAAAUCAUUGUUGAUUGGUUAAAACAUUGUUAUAUCACCAAAUUCAAUAAAAUAAGACCAAGAAUUUAUAAGAAAUUCAUUUACGUGUUGGCUUUAGAUUACCUUGAAGUAUUUAAAGCUACUUCCCUUAAUUCUAAUUUAGAAUAUGAAUUGAGUGAUUAUUUAACUUUAACUAAAAGAAUAGGUUUACCCUUAUUAGCUACAACUGUUUGUUUCUUAAGAAUGUCAUUGAAUGAUAUUAUAACAGUGUUCACUGUAUCUUCAACUUCCAGAUUAUUUUCCUUUAUUGGAAGUUUUGUAUUAUUAAUUAUCUCCUUUGUUAUAUUAUUACUUUCCAGAUUGAUUUUAGGGUUAUUAUUAUUAAGGUUAACUAGCAGUAUCAAACAAAAGCAUGAAAUGGCUCAUGAAAUCUCCAUUAUUGAUGAAACUGAAGAAAAGAAAGUCGAUGAUUCAAUCAUUGAAACUCCCUCCAAGACUUUUAUCGAAACUCCUUCGAAAUCUCGAGAACCGGUUUCAGCACCUCCUUCUCCAAGGUCCCCCCUUUCACCAAGAUCUCCCGUAGAUAUAAGUUUCUUACCGGGAAUUCCAAGUACGGAAAUGUCUAAUAUUGAACCUAUACGAUCAAGAUUAUAUGAUAAAGACGAAAACGUACCACCUAAUUCAGUUGAAAAGAGAAAUAAGGAUUUCUCUGAAAAAUAUAAACCCAGUACUGAUGAAGGUUUGAAUAACGUAUCAAGAUAUGAGAUGUCAUCUAAAAGAAUUUGGUAA